AACACCGGACCUCAAAUGUUUUUCACACCAAAAAUUAAAACCAAUUUGGAUUUAUCAUUUAUUCCCGCUUUCGGAAAAUUUCCCCAUUCUCUUCAUCUCUCUCUUUUAUGCAGAUUCGACAAAAUCAUAAACAAGGAAAUUCCUUCUAAGGUGGUUUAUGAGGAUGAUAAGGUUCUUGCAUUCAGAGACAUAAACCCAGCAGCUCCUACUCAUAUCUUAGUCAUCCCCAAAGUGAAGGAUGGGUUAACUGGCCUCUCACAGGUUCCUUGUGGAAGUAUGACUCGGGCAGAAAACUCACUCCUCUGUGGUGCGAGUUAAAAUAACUUGGAGAUAUGUCGGCGAAAG